AUAUCAUUUCAUCAACACUCGCACGUACUUAUAGAAAAACCGGUCUUGCAUGAUUCGCGCGAGUGUUUGCGUGAACGCAAGUAAACGGCUGGUACGUAGUUAGUGCGCUUUGGACCAUGUUAAGAGCAUUAAUUGUUUAUUCUCGAUUUUAUAUCAUAAGUGAAUUGUUACCAAAACGUAAAAUUAAAUUUAUUUAUUUAAAAAUGAUGGUUAUUCAUCUACCCCACAUAUUUAUUCAAACGAGGCCAGGGAUACAUUCUUCCCUACCAAGACUCUCACACAUCGCAGAAUUCACUCCGUGGUUUGAAUCCUCGGCGAAUGGGCGAGUCAGAUACAUUUGGCGGAGAUACGCGGAUCGUAGGGGGUCGAGAUGCUCCAGAGAACGUUGCAGUUUACCAAGUCUCCAUACGUAGGCACAACAGUAAUCAAGAAUGGCACUCUUGUGGCGGCUCUAUCAUACACGAAGAAUGGGUGUUAACAGCUGCUCACUGCACAUAUGGUACUGAUGCCAAAACACUGUCCAUAGUGGUUGGAUCAACCCAACUGAGAUCAGGUGGCGACCGUUACAAAAUAAAGAAAAUCAUCAAUCACGAGAAUUACGCGAAAAAAGAUUUUCGAAAUGACAUAGCUCUGAUAAAAAUCGAUGGCAAAAUCAAAAUGAAAAAGAACGUUGGGCCAAUCAAAUUGAAGAAAGAGCCUGUGGCUGCUGGAACAUCUUGUGCUUUGACAGGAUGGGGUAAAAUUGACAAUCGUGGAACUGUGCCAAACCAGCUUCAAGUUCUGGUGUUCAGGAGUAUUAGCAAUAAGGACUGCAAUAAGCAGUUAAAAGGUUCCAAUUUCCUACCCAUCGAUCAGAAACAGCUCUGCGUGAGAGCUCCAAGUAAUAAGGGUGCUUGUAAUGGAGAUUCGGGAGGUCCUCUGGUCGCUUCUGAUGGAAAGAAUGGCCUUGUUCAAGUUGGUGUCGUGUCCUGGGGAAUCCCUUGCGCUAGAAACUACCCAGAUGUUUUUGCAUCAAUUUCUGGUUAUUAUGACUGGAUUACGAAUCAUAUGAAGGAUUAAAUUAUGUGUUUCGACACAUCAUAAGUUGCUAACCUACGUAUAAAUCUGUGAAGUCUUUCUUUUAAAUUAAAUGUAUUAUAUGUAAAGUAAUAUGCACACUACAAUGUAUGGA